AUGAGCGCACAGCCCUCUUCUCAGGCUCAUGUGGCGCCCCCUAUCGCCACAGGAAACGAGCCGUUGAACUACAACGCGGCAUUGGACCAGACCGCAACCCAGACGCAGUCCAGCUUGAACGACACGCAGACGCUGUCGGAACCUGGACAGCCACAAAAUGGACAAGUGAGCGAGCCCAAGACCCAUCCUGCCCCGAAUACGACGCAAGCGCAACCACAAGCGCCUGUGGAUGAAAAGACCGCGAACCAGCUCGAGACGGGUCAAGCGGCCAACACGGGUGGCGGUCCGACGCCGUUUAACCACGGUUUUUGGGACCCAAGCUUGAAAGGAGUGCGCAUGGCUUACUUGAAGCCGCUCGGCUUCGUUACGGUGAUUAUGAUGCUUAUUAUUUGGGCUUUCAUGGCCAUGUACUGGGGUUCGCUCUGGAAAGAAAACGAGCGUAGUCCUAACCUGCGUGUUCUUGUUAUGGAUUAUGACGGUGGCGAAAUUGGCUCGUCGAUUGUGGAUGCGCUCAAGCAGGCCAAUUCGGCCCCUCUUCCGCAUCCCACUUAUGUGUUCGCGCAGACGAAUGAAUACCCCAACGAUGACGCGGUCACCAAUGCCAUUGAGCCCCUUCAGGAAUACUGGGGAGCGGUGACCAUUAUGCAGGAUGCGACGAGGAAGCUGCAAGCGGCCCGCUCCAGUGGUGACAACAGCUGGAACCCGACGUCGGUGAUCACCAUCAUGACGAGCACGGCACGCAACUAUGCUGUGGUCCCGAGCAUUGUGUUGAGCCCUACGCAGCGCUUCCUGCAAUCUGCCACUGCCAAGCUGAACGCUCAGCUCUUGCACGAGUUCCUUUCUGCAUCUGUGAACGAUGCCAACGCGAUCAACACGGCACUGCGUGCCCCCCAGACGCUUUCUGGCCCUGUUGGGAUCCGUAUGAACGAGCUGCGCCCCUGGGACCACUCGGUGGCGAUUGCGCCGACCUUUGUUGGUUUGAUUUACCUUGUGAUUCUUACAUUCCAAAUCACGAUGGCGAGCUUUGGUGCGCGUCAGCCCAUUCAAAAGUUUUUGCGCCUGCGCUCCGUCAUUGCGAUGCGCCUUGUGACUCCCAUUGUGGGCUACAUCCCUAUUUCGCUCAUGUUCUCGCUACUGAAUGUUCCGUUCAAGCUUCCGUACGGCCGCACGUUCCCCUAUGGUGGUGGAUUUAUGACGUGGUGGUGUGUUUCGUACAUCGGCAUGCUUGUCAUGGGUCUGGUGCUCGAGUCGGUGAUGACGAUGGUCGGUCUCAAGUUCAUCGGUGUCUUUUUGAUCUUCUUCAUCAUUAGCAACGUGAGCGUGUCCAACCUGCCUAUUGAGCUCUCGCCGAGCUUUUUCAAGUACGGCUAUGCUAUGCCCUUCUACCAGCUGCGUUCCAUCUACAUCACUGUCUUGUUUAAUACGGGAAAGCACAUCUUGAUUCUCAAGUACAUUGGUAUCCUGUGGGCCUGGCUUGCAUUGGUCUUCCUGACCUUCCCCUUUGUGAUCUGGUUCGACCACAACAAGCGCCGCAAGGAGCACGAGAAGCAGGCCGCUGUGCAGCUCUCCGAGGUUGGCCCCAAUGGCAGUGGCAAGAGCAACUUGAUGGAUGCCAUUUCCUUCGUGUUGGGUGUCAAGUCGGCGCAGUUGCGCUCGACGCAGCUCAAGGAUCUUGUGUUUCGUGGAUCAACGCUGCGUGCAGAUGACGAGAGCAGCGAUGACGACGCGCCCGACCGCGCCAGUGUCACGGCAGUGAUCGCCGACGAGAAAGGCGUCGAGCACAAGUUCCAGCGCGUAAUCACGCCUUCGGGGAGCUCCGAGUACCGAUACAAUGGCCGCGUCGUUUCCUACACGCUGUACAACACGCGCCUCGAGCAGCUGAAUAUCCUCGUCAAGGCCCGCAACUUUCUCGUCUUCCAGGGCGACGUCGAGGCCGUUGCCGAGCAGUGCUCCAAGGACCUGAGCCAGAUUAUUGACCAGGUCAGUGGAUCGUAUGCGCUGCAGGAUGAAUACGACGCCGCGCGCACGGCCUACGACGAAUCGGUCGUCCAGUCCUCCGCCUUGGUGUCCAAACGCAAGAACCUCUUGGCCGAGGUGCGCCAGUUCCGCCAGCAAAAAGAGGCCGCGGACCGGCUCGACAAGGUGAAGCUCGACCUGCAUGGGCAUGUACUGCAGCAGCUCCUGUGGCGUCUCUAUCAUAUCCACGAGAUUAUCGAGAUCCAUACGGAUUGGAUCGAGGCACAUGCCGCACGCAACGACCAGAUGCGCAAGCGGUACGAGGAGAAGGAGAGUCACGUCGCCGCUGCGCGCUCUGACGUCGGCCGUGUCCAGCAACGGAUCAUGGCGAAAGAAGGUGAAGAGAAGCAGCUCACACGCACGUUGGACGCCAAGCGGCCGGAAAAAGACAAGCUGAUCGAGCGUGCGGAGCAUGCGCGGCACAAGCAGCGCCAAGCGCAGUCGCUUCAUACCCAGGCCCAGAAGGACUACACUGCGCAGGAAGAGGCGCUGCGCCGCCUCGACGCUGAUAUUGCCCUCGUGGAGCGUACCGCCGCGACGGCGCGCGAGGAGCAGGAAGCGGCGCUGGCUGCUUCUGCGCUGCAACUGAGUGAAGGUGAUCUGCAGACCUACCACGACCUCAAGGCCCAGGCGAGCAGGACAGCCGUCGAGCAGCGCCGCGAGCUCGAGAACCUGGAAAAAGCCCUCAAGGCCAAGGUCGAUCGCCUAGAGAGCAGCGCCGACGUCCGCGGGCAGGCCGAGGCGAAGCGCGAGCGGCUUGCGCAGCAGAGCACGGCACUGGAAGCGACGCUUGCGUCUCUGCACGAGCGCGUGCCACUCGUCGAGAAGGAGAUCCAGCAGACGCGUGAAGCGCUCGCUGCUUUGCAGGCAAAGCGCGGCGAGUUCCGCCAGCGCGAAGAGAAGCUGAACGAGGCGCUCAAGACGUGCUACAACAAACUGCUCCAGAUGGGCCAGGACCAGCGCGUGCACGAGCGCGAAAGCAAGCUGCGCGAGGCGCUGCGGGCGAUGCGCACGCUCUUCCCUGGUGUCCACGGCAAGCUCCUCGACCUUUGUGAGCCGACGCAGAAGAAGUACGAGCUGGCGAUUGCCACGGCGCUUGGGCGCAACGCAGAUGCGAUCGUGGUGAACCACGAGUCGACGGCGAUGGACUGCAUCGAGUAUCUCCGCACGCAGCGUGCCGGCCAGGCCACCUUUAUUCCGCUUGAUACCGUGCAGACGAAGCCGAUCAACGACCGGCUGCGCAGCCUGUCGGUGCACGCGCGCCUCGCGGUGGACGUGGUCCAGUUUCCGCCUGCGGUCGAGCGUGCAGUGCACUUUGCGUGUGGCAGUACGCUGCUCUGUGACACGCUCGACGUGGCGCGCGAGUUGUGCUACGAGCGCAACCAGCGGGUCAAGGCGGUAACGCUUACCGGCACCGUCAUCCACAAGACGGGUAUGAUCACUGGCGGUCCUUCGAUGCAGGAUGCCCAGCGGCGCUGGGACCAGCGCGAGAUGGAGGGCGUCCAGCGCGAGCGCGACCGGUGCAUGGACGAGCUCAAGACGCUGCACCAGCAAAAGUACGAGCUUGGCGACGAGGACGAGCUCACAGCGCAGCUCGCGCGCCACACCUCAUCUCUCCAGGCGCUCCAGAGCGAGCAGGGAGACGUGGUGCGCCGCCAGCAAGAGAUGGCACGCGAGCGUGACAUUCUCGGAAAGCAAGUCCACGACAAGGCGCGCAGCACCGAGGCGGACGCGGCCGAGACCGAGGCGCUGCGCGCCGAGAUUGCCGCACUCCAGCGCACGAUCCACGAUGCGGACGACCGGGUGUUUGGCGACUUUUGUAGCAAGAUCGGCGUCGAGGACGUGCGUGCGUACGAGGCGCAGCAGCAGCAGCUCACCAAUGCGCUUGGCCUUGCCACCCAGCAACAUGCGCGGCAGCUCGCGCGCCUCGGCCACCAGCGCACCUUUACCACGGAGCAGCGCAAGAGCACCGGCGAGCGCCUUGCCUUUCUCCAGGCGACGAUCGACAAGGAGGCCGAGCGCCUGCCCCGUCUGCAGGCGAGUAUGGACGCGUGCGACGAGGAGAUGGACAUGAUCCGUACGCAGCUCGGCGCCAUCCAAGACGAGCUGCGUACGCUGCGUGCCGAGCAAGAGGCCAAGACCGAGGUGCUGAACGAGAAGCGCAAAGCGCUCCAGGCCACGGGUCGCGACUGGGACGUGUACAAAAAAGAGGUCGCGCACCGCACGGACGAGAUGGAGCAGCUGGACGCGGAGCGCACGGCCCUCUACCGCCGCUGCCGCCUAGAGGCGAUCGACCUGCCGCUUGAGCAAGGCGACCUCGGCGCCGUGCCCCUCGAGGAGGACCGCAGCGAGACGCAGCGCGACUAUGGCAUCCAGGUCGACUUUAGCCUCCUGACCGAUGCCGAGCGCACGGACCGCGGCUCGGCGAAGCAGCGCGAGCUGCAAGGGCGUAUCGACGCCGCGCGCGAGGAGAUGGAGCGCCUGCUCCCGUCCGCCCAAGGCGGCAGCCGCCUCGAUGCGAUGCAGCGCGAGCUGCAGACGUGCGAGCGCGACAUGGACGCCGCGCGCGAGCGUGUACGCGAGGCGCGCGACGAGUUCUUCGGCGUAAAGAAGCGGCGUGUCGACCUGUUCCUCAAAGCCUACCACCACAUUGCGGAGCGUAUCGACGGCGUGUACAAAGAGCUCACCAAGAGCAAGGCGGCGCCGAUGGGCGGCGUCGCCUACCUCACUCUCGAGGACACGGAAGAGCCGUACAAGACGGGCAUGCGCUAUCACGCCAUGCCGCCGAUGAAGCGCUUCCGCGACAUGGACCAGUUGUCGGGCGGCGAAAAGACGAUGGCCGCGCUUGCGCUCCUCUUUGCCAUCCACACCUUCCAGCCCGCGCCGUUCUUUGUGCUCGACGAGGUGGACGCGGCACUUGACUCGCACAACGUCGCGCGCGUCAGCGACUAUAUCCGGCAGCACGCCAGCGACCAGUUCCAGUUUAUCGUGAUUUCGCUCAAGGUACGGGUAUCUUGCUGA